AUAUUUUGUAAGCUGAGCUUGAUUGAUUUCCCCCUCUUUUAUUUUUUUAUCUCAAAAGUAGCAUGACCUUUUUCUUUUGUUUUCCCUACUAUUUUUUAAAACAAAUAAUAUUUUUUUCUUUGUUUCAAUAAAAAUUUCUAAUAGAAAUCGUCGACAAGAUAAAAAAGAAGAAAAAUCAUCUCGAUCUCGUUCUGUUGAUUCAUCAUUAAAUGAUAAACAAGCAAUUCAAACAGUAUCAUCAUCAACAGAUUCAGCUGUUUAUUCAAUGUCAGAUAUAAGUUCAUCAAUAAGUACAACAAUUAAAAAGCCAUCACAAUCAUUAAAAGAUAUUUCACAUUUUUUUCAUUAUUUUACUUUAUCAAAUGAUAAACAUAAAUCAAAAACAUUAACAAAUAUUCGAAGAAGAAAAUUACGAAAAAAAUUAACUAAUCAAACAUUUAUUUCACCUACAAAUAAAGAUGAUGAUAUAUAUGAAAGAAUAAGUAAUUCAAGUAUUUGUUUUAUUGAUCAAUCACCAAUUCAUGAAAUUGAUUUUAUUCAACAAACUUCAUUAUUAAAAUCAAAAUUAAUUCGACAUGAAAAUAUUCUUAAAACAUUAAAACAACAAAUAAAUCAAGUUGAUCAACAAUUAUUAAUUAUUCAAGAAGAUUCAAUAAAAAAUACUCAACAUAUUAAAUUAUGUUCUCCUUCUAAUCGUCAAUCAAUAAAACGUCGUCAUACAUUUAAUUCAUUUUUUGAUUUAAAUUCUUUAUUUACAGAAAAAGAUAAAUAUUCAUCUUCUUUAUAUGCCUUACAACUUUUGUGA